AUGGAACUAAAAAACAGUAAAACAACAGGAGCCUUACGUUAUGCGUUUGACGCCAAAUGGAGUCGAUGUGAAAAGGAAGCACAACGUGCUGUAUUCGGGGUUUACACCUUCCGCCGCACGGAUCAACCGGAAGCAGUUGUCUACUUUCGUUUUGGUAAAGCAGCGGUAAGUUUGAUCAGUAGUAACAACGUGCUUCUGAGGAUACAGGCAUUACAGCAAUGGAUUAGGGAGAACUCGAUUAGGGAGAACUCACCGCCUACAGACAUGAAUAAUGAAUUAUUUACCAAAAUAAUAGCUCUGUUGAAGAGAAGAGGUUUUGUACAGUUAGUGAAACCUGACCUAUCCAGACCUACCUACAGCUAUGGACCAGCUGGUACUCUAUUGAGGAGAAACAUAGCACAAUGUUGGUGGGAAUGGGUGAUGACAUCUCAGGAAAACACCUUCCCUGUGGAGAGUACUAAUAGCCAAGAUUCAACUUGGGACUACUUCCUGGAAAUAUCCAAACAGCUUGAAUGGAACCUUCCCUUCUCCAUCACCCAGAGUCAGAACUACAUACACACACCUGCUGACAGGCAUAUUGACAAGUUCUUGUUCAAUUCAUGUUCGAAGACAAGUCUUGUGAUGCAAAAUUUCUGCCAGGCCACUGUUGUCACCCCUAUGUUAGACACAGCCAUCAGAACUCGCCUCAAGUGGUGGAAACAGUUUUCAGGAAAUCCAGCUAAAUUUUCUGCAACCGAUAUAGAAAAAACAGAAGCUGGCUAUCAUGCAAACAUACAGUACUCCUUUCCCUGGGGUGUGGAUGAUGUAGAGACUGUGACGAGUCUUGGAGACAAACCCCUACAGGGCUUAAAGGGAACAAUGUUAUCAGAACAUCAAUUUGUGAAUGGUAAAAAAAGAAGUCUGCCCUGUGUGAUUGAGUGUAAUGCAGUUUUGGAGCAAGGAUUUCUGGCUUUUUUGUUGGACGCUUAUCCUGGGUACCAUGGCUCAUCUAAUGAAGGCACCAAGGAAUCUUUGUGCCUGCAACUCAACCCAAGACUUACGCCUUACAAGAUGGCCGUCUGUUACCAAGGUAACAAGUCCAAUGUACUUCAUCAGCUUGCUACUAACAUUGGAAAAGAUCUAAGACAGGCGGGAAUAAUAACAUUGAAUCAAGGGACUAACUCAUCUCUUGACAACAAGAUAUCACAGAAUGAUGAGAUGGGUAUACCUUACACAGCUAUACUAGGUGACAGUGUACUGGAGGCAGGUGUGGUUGAGGUCCGCAGCAGGGACACCACCAUCAAGGAGCAAGUUCACAUCUCUCAGUUGGCAGAAUUUGUGCAAAAGCGUGUGGCUGGAUCAAGCUGAAGAAAUAUUUAAUUGAAUUUGUAAAGUUUCCCUUCAGGGUUGAUGUCAGAUGUUGUUGAACAUUUUCAUAUGGUUGGCACAAAAUGGUGUCAUACAUUGCCAGUGUCACAGAUUGUCAGAAUUAUACACUAGUGACAUUACCAGCUUACUGUGAACCUGAUACACUAGUGACAUUAUCAGCUUACUGUGGACCUGAUACACUAGUGAUGUUACCAGCUUACUGUGGACCUGAUACACUAGUGACAUUACCAGCUCACUGUGGACCUGAUACACUAGUAACAUUACCAGCUUACUGUGGACCUGAUACACUAGAGACAUUACCAGCUUACUGUGGACCUGAUACACUAGUGACAUCACCAGCUUACUGUGGACCUGAUACACUAGUGACAUUACCAGCUUACUGUGGACCUGAUACACUAGUAACAUUACCAGCUUACUGUGGACCUGAUACACUAGUGACAUUACCAGCUUACUGUGGACCUGAUACACUAGUGUCAUUACCAGCUCACUGUGGACCUGAUACACUAGUGAUAUUACCAGCUUACUGUGGACCUCGUACACUAGUGAUGUUACCAGCUUACUGUGGACCCGAUACACUAGUGACAUUACCAGCUUACUGUGGACCUGAUACACUAGUGACAAUACCAGCUUACUGUGGACCUGAUACACUAGUGACAUUACCAGCUUACUGUGGACCUGAUACACUAGUGACAUUACCAGUUUACUGUGGACCUGAUACACUAGUGACAUUACCAGCUCACUGUGGACCUGAUACACUAGUGACAUUAUCAGCUUACUGUGGACCUGAUACACUAGUGACAUUACCAGCUUACUGUGGACCUGAUACACUAGUGAUUACCAGCUCACUGUGGACUUGAUACACUAGUGACAUUACCAGUUUACUGUGGACCUGAUACACUAGUGACAUUACCAGCUCACUGUGGACCUGAUACACUAGUGACAUUAUCAGCUUACUGUGGACCUGAUACACUAGUGACAUUACCAGCUUACUGUGGACCUGAUACACUAGUGAUUACCAGCUCACUGUGGACUUGAUACACUAGUGACAUUACCAGUUUACUGUGGACCUGAUACACUAGUGACAUUACCAGCUCACUGUGGACCUGAUACACUAGUGACAUUACCAGCUUACUGUGGACCUGAUACACUAGUGAUUACCAGCUCACUGUGGACCUGAUACACUAGUGACAUUACCAGUUUACUGUGGACCUGAUACACUAGUGACAUUACCAGCUUACUGUGGACCUGAUACACUAGUGACAUUACCAGUUUACUGUGGACCUGAUACACUAGUGACAUUACCAGCUUACUGUGGACCUGAUACACUAGUGACAUUACCAGCUUACUGUGGACCUGAUACACUAGUGACAUUACCAGCUUACUGUGGACCUGAUACACUAGUGACAUUACCAGUUUACUGUGGACCUGAUACACUAGUGACAUUACCAGCUUACUGUGGACUUGAUACACUAGUGACGUUACACUUUUAGUAACAUUACCAGGUUAAAGAUAGCAGAUUGACUAAGGGUGAUUUUAACAACUGAUCAUCUGAUGAUGUUGGCUAAAAAAUCAUCACUAAAAACAGCUUUUAGAUUUAGAUGGUUUCAUGAUCUCAGGGCAGGUUUAAAAAAAAAAAAAAAAAAA